UCGCACGUUGUCGCGUCUCAGGUGAGCAUCCGUGCGAGCAGUCGCAGUCCAGGUGUUGAAGUCGCAUCAGUGGCGAUCGAGUCGGCGAACAAGAUCAGCCGUUCCAGAUUCUUCUUAUCUCGACAUCGAUAUCUCAUCUUAUCUCUCUCGUGUUAUUCUUGUGAAUUUGUCAUCGAAAAAAGAAUAAAACAUCCCUUCGAGCAUCAUGGUGGGAGUGACGCAGAGACCCUGGACACCUACGAAGAGGCGAGGCCCGAUUGCCGCCGAAUAUAGCAGCCCGGGGCCGGCUUGUGUAACGUUGCCGCCAUUAAUCGGAAAGACAGUUCCAGAUUCGAAGCGAGAAAGAGCCCCUGCAUUCUCUUUUGGCAGCAGACACGAAACAAAGAACGUUAGUCCCGGCCCCGGUCCCGGACAGUACAAUGUUUCUGGACUCAGCGCAAAAGGAAAGGAUGCUGCACCUGCCUUGUCACUGCAUGGUCGAACGAAAACAACGAAACCGGAAAUCACGCCAGCGCCAGGCGACUAUAAUCCGCAAAAAGCGGAGAAAAUCAUUCUGGACAGCUCGCCGAAAUAUUCCUUCGGAGUUAAAACACAAGUCGAGAAAAUCAGCUGUACUCCGGCACCGAGCAAUUAUUACGCUGAACUCGUGAAACUCUACACGGCGGCAGCGUUCACAUUCGGCGUAAAAUCCGUGUUGGAAAGAUCGAACAAUGUGCCCGCUCCAGGUACCUAUUGUCCCGAGAAAACGAGACUGGACGGCACGCCGCAGUUCUCAUUCGGACUGAGAACGCCGCUCGACAAACCGAGCGAUACCCCAGCGCCCGGAACGUACAGCCCGGAGAAGGUGAAUCUGGAAAAGGGUCCGCAGUACAGUUUGACUGGAAAAGGUCGAAUCGAAAAAGACAAUGGAACGCCAGCGCCGGGCACGUAUUGUCCGGAGAAAGUCAAAUUGGAUCCAUCGCCGCAAUUUAGUUUUGGACUGAGACCUGCUAUUGAGAAACCAAGUGACACACCAGCGCCCGGCACGUACAGUCCCGAAAAAGUGAACUUGAACAAGGGACCUCAGUACAGCUUGAGCGGCAAAGGACCGGCUGAAAAACCCGCGGAUACGCCAGCACCUGGAACAUACUCUCCCGAAAAAGUGAGACUGGACAACACUCCGCAAUACAGUUUCGGAAUCAGGCCGUCUUUGGAGAAGCCCAGCGAUACGCCAGCACCCGGGACAUACAGUCCCGAGAAGGUGAAUUUGGACAAGGGACCGCAGUACAGUUUGAGCGGCAAGGGACCGGCUGAGAAACCUGCGGAUGUACCAGCACCUGGAACAUACUCUCCCGAAAAAGUGAGACUGGACAACACUCCGCAGUACAGUUUUGGAAUUAAGCAUGCUUCGGGCAAGCCUAGUGACACGCCAGCACCAGGAACGUACAGUCCGGAAAAAGUAAACUUGAACAAAGGGCCGCAGUACAGUUUGGCCGGCAAAAGCCCGGCUGAAAAACCCGCGGACACGCCAGCACCUGGAACGUAUUCUCCCGAAAAAGUUAGACUGGAUGCUUCAUUGCAAUAUAGUUUCGGGAUCAGGCACGCUCCGGACAAACUCAGCGAUACACCAGCACCUGGAACUUACAGUCCGGAGAAAGUGAAUUUGGACAGAGGACCGCAGUACAGUUUGGCCGGCAGAGGAUCCACGCCAAAGCCUGACGACAUUCCUGCACCUGGCACGUACAGUCCCGAAAAGGUGAAUUUAGACAAAGGACCGCAGUACAGCUUGAUUGGAAAAGGAACGCUGGAAAAAUUAAGCGACAAUCCGGGCCCCGCUGAUUACAAACCAGAGAAAGCUCUAAAUCUGGAACAUAAACCCUAUUACAGUUUUGGUGAUAGGAAACCUUUGGAUAAGCCUAAAGAUAUACCAGGCCCUGCCGAUUACUCUCCGGAAAAAGCUCUAAGUCUGGAACAUAAACCCUAUUUCAGUUUUGGUAACAGAAAACCCCUCUAUAAGCCUCAAGAUACACCAGGCCCUGGUAGUUACAAUCCGGAGAAAGCUCGGAAUUUGGAGCACAAACACUAUUUCAGUUUCGGUGAAAGAAAGCCUUUGCAUAAGCUUAGCGACACACCAGCUCCCGGCGCGUACAGUCCCGAAAAAGUGAAUCUGUUCAAGUCGCCGCAGUACAGUUUUGGUGUUAAAACCGAGAUCCGGGAAAAGAACGCCAUACCAGGACCCGGCGAAUACAGUCCGGAAAAAGCGAUGUUUUUGUUGGGGAAAGCGUUGCAAUUCACUUUCGGUCUCAGAUCGCCCACGAGCAGACCGAACGACGUUCCAGCGCCCAAUGUCUACAACAUUCCCUCCGCCCUUGGCGGGACCAAGGAAGGCAACAAGAAAGCGGCGCCCGCGUACUCGAUAUCCGGCAGACAGAAGGUUUUCACGGACGAUCGCGUUCUCGUGCCCGGACCGGGCGCGUACGAGGCCAUCAAACCGGACGCGGUCAGAGCGAAGAGCCCGGCUUACAGUAUAAGCGCGCGUUACUCGCUGCCCGACGAUCACUCGCAGAUCCCGGGGCCCGGAGCACACUGCCCGGAAAAGGUGCUUCUGGACGUUCCUCCCGCGCACACAUUUGGCAUCCGACACUCGCCGUACAUUUGCAACUUGAAGGACGCGGUUUAUUAAUCUCUCAAUUAUAACGACAAAAGUUAUUACAGUUUAUUACAAUACGCUUGCUUUCGUCGGACACCGAUUCUUAUAAACAGAGCAAUUUUGUUCCCGAUUCAGUUUAAUUUUUUUUUUUUUUUUUUGCUUUACUUUAUUAACUUACAAUUAGUACUAAACAAAAUAUUGGUCGAACGAAAUGAACAAAAAUUAAAAAAAAAAAAAACGCAUUAACUUCGAGACAACGUAUCCUGCCUGUAUGACGAUUAUAUUACGUAUGUUAAAAAAAAAUGUAUCUAAUGCAAUACUUGUAACUGCAAGCUUCUACUUUAUAUGGACAAUUUAGCAUUUGUAUUUAUUGUAUUUUGAUUAAUAUAAAAAAAAAAAAAUUGUUAUGGUUGUGCAAUUAAUUAAUAAUUUACCGCGCGUACGUCUAUAUUUUCACAUCUACUAGGACACCGAUGUUGGAGGUAGGAGAAAACGCCAUUAAGACUGUAGGAUUAUUUUUUGAGCUCUUACAAAUAAAAAAAUGAGUAAAUA